CCAAUUGUUUCACCAGGUGUUCCUGCAUCCACUCACACCUGUGUACCUGUGCAGGGCAGUGGCACGUUUGCUGUGGAGGCUGUGAUAACUACAACAGUACCAAGGGAAAGUGGCAAGGAUCCACAGUGCAGGUCCAAGGUACUCCUGUGAUGCAGAGAGCAGACUUGUGUAGGGCUUCACUGAUGUCUUCCCCCUGCAGAUGUUGGUCCUGGUGAAUGGUGCUUAUGGCCAGCGUAUGGCCACCAUCUGCCAAACACAAGGCCUGGAACACAGGGUCUUGAACUUUGAGGAGACUCAGAAGGUUGGAGUUGAAGAGGUUGAAAAGGUUCUUGCUGAGGAUCCGUCCUUUACAAACGUGGCCAUUGUGCACUGUGAGACCAGCUCGGGAGUCAUCAAUCCUGUGGAGGAGGUGGGCAGGGCAGUGAAGAAACUUUGUCCAGAGGCUUGUUACUUUGUGGAUGCUAUGAGUAGUUUUGGAGCAGUGCCCCUGGACCUGAUUGGUGGAUGCGUGGACUUCAUGGUCAGUUCUGCCAACAAGUGCAUCGAGGGAGUGCCAGGAUUUGCUUAUGCCAUCUGCAGGACUGACCGACUGCUCAGCUGUAAAGGUGUGGCACGUAGCCUGAGUUUGGACCUGGUGGAGCAGUAUCUAGGCCUGGAAAAGAAUGGACAGUUCCGCUUCACACCUCCGACCCACGCCAUGCUGGCAUUCUGCCAGGCCCUGUGUGAGUUGGAGCAGGAAGGAGGCGUGAAGGGCAGGGCAAAACGGUAUCAAGCAAACCGCAAGGUGCUGCGGGAGGGGAUGGCAUCACUAGGCUUUCAGGAACUACUUGGUGAGACCCAUGAAGGUUACAUCAUCACUUCAUACCGUUUCCCUGACCAUCCAGCCUUCAGCUUCAAGGACUUUUACUCACGCCUCAAUGAAAAAGGCCAGGUGAUUUACCCAGGAAAGGUGACAAAGGCAGACUGCUUCCGUGUAGGUAACAUCGGACACCUGUUCCCUGAAGACAUGCAGCGCCUGCUGCACUGUAUACAGGAGGUGUGUGCCGACAUGGGCAUCUCUCUGCCUCUGAAGACCAGCAGUUAGAUCAAAAAGCUUCUCAGGACGUCUCCAUCCUUCCUAUACUAGAUAGCAAGGUUACAAGCCAACAAUGUUGUAGUUUAGAAGGCUGUUGAAGAGUUUUCCAAAAAUAUUCCCCUUUAAGGGUCAGGGCUUCCAGGAAAAACUGUGAACAUUGUACCUAUACAUUUCACCCCUGAUCUGCCUUCACAGUUGAGGUAAAACAGAGAAGCAUGGUAUACAUGGCUGGCUUUUAGGUCAAGAUGGAGCAUCAAGGUGGUUGUCGCACAUACUCAGUCACUUACUGGUCAGUAUCAAUAAUGGCAAUAUGUUAUAUAUGCCUACAGAGUUGAUUGAUUUUCUUGCAUUCAUGAACUGUUACACUCAGUGUGCAAUGUACUGCUUUUAACCUUUUACUUAGACAAAACACUUAUGUCUGAAAUAGCUGUAAACUAAAUAUAACAAAUAUGUACAAGGUAGUGUUAUAGUCUAAGACCUUCCUUCAGUAACAAUCUUCCAAGACAUAAAAGUGAGCACCUCUUCUUUCUUACAAAAGUUGUAUACGAGGUUCAUCUUACAGUACAAGAAUUGAUAAACUGCUAGGAAGAAAAAAAGUACUUGACUGUUGACCAGAAGUGUAUUUCAUUCAACACUAUUUGAUUCCCCAAAAGGCCAGAAUCACACUACAAUUUAGCAAACCUAAAAUCUCUACAAAUAUAGAUAAAAUUAGGAUCGAAAUCCAUGAUAUUUUUAAUGGUUUCAUAUGUUGCAUAUCUGUCAAUUCACAAAAGAAUGUAUAUUUUCCAAUUUUACUUAUAGAGAUAAGUAAUUGAGUAUAAUGUUAACUCAUGGAAAAUUAAGCUGAUGGUGGUGCACUGUGAAUCAAUCAGAUGGCUUGACUAACUAACUGACAUGGCUGAUAAGAAUUAUAAGACAAUCAAAAAAGGUUCCCUUUUAUUAGCGGAGGAUUGCCAUUUUACCAUUUCACAUGGUGAAAAAGCUAGGUAUUUUAAUCAUAUCAAGAAUUAAAACAGAGAAA